AUGAAUGGAGAGGUUGUUUGUGUCGGGUAUGGUCUUUGCGUCAUAGAUGAUGAUGAAGAUGAUGGCGGUGACUGGAAGUGGAGUGAUGGAUUCACCAGGUAUUUAUCUACUGGAAAUAGUUUCUCUGCUUUGCAAUUUGAAUUCUUGAUUGCAAAAUCAACAAUCGGGUUAAUCAUUCAAGAAACUUGUAAAGCAAUUUGGAUUCACUUCAAAGAAACGGAAAUGCCGGAACCUACUGUCGAGAUGUGGUUAGACAUUGCAGAAAAAUUUUAUAUGCAGACCAAUUUUCCCAACUGGAUUGGUGCAGUAGAUGAGGAGCAUGUCAGAUGUAUUAAUCCCAUAAAGGGCGGAUCAAAUUUUAUUAAUUAUAGAAAAUACUUUUCUAUUGUAUUGAUGGCAGUAGCUGAUGCUAAUUUAAAUUGUAUUGCCAUUGACAUGGAAGCUUAUGGAAAAGAAGGAGACUCUACUGUAUUUCGAGAUAGUCCGCUGGGAAAGAAAUUAUAUUCGGACAAUUUAAAUAUACCUCCACCUUGUAAUUUACCAAAUACUGUUAAAGAUUCCCAACCAUUUGUGGUGGUUGGAGAUGAAGCAUUUAAAAUUUCCAAUAACAUUUUACGACCAUUCCCAGCUCGUAAUUUAGAUCCACAUAAAAGAGUAUUUAAUUAUCGAUUGUCGAGAUGUAGAAGAACUGUAGAGUGCACUUUCGGAAUUUUUGUGAACAAAUGGCGAAUUUUUCAUUCCUCAAUUCUUGUACAACUAAAUUUCAUAGAUAUCAUAGUAAAGGCUUGUUGGAUUUUGCACUUUUGUUCGCAAAAGAAAUGGAAUUAAUUUUAAGGAUGCUGAAACCUAUCUCUUCGCGGAUAUUAACGAGUUCGGACAAGUUCCACGCGGACAAGGAUUAGAAGUUUGUGAUUAUAUUGCCGAUUAUUUCAUUGGACCUGGAGCAGCUCAUUUUCAAUAUCGUUAUAUGUAUUAAAUGACAAAUGAAUCAUUGAUAUUAAAAAAAUAGAAUGAUGUACCUUUUUCGUCUUUUUCAUUUGUAUCAAAUUGUACCCAAUUAUCGUAAAAUAUUUCGCCAAUUUCGAUCCAUGAUUUUUCACGUAAAAUUUUGUCACUUUAUUGUUUGCUACUUUUGUCCCAAAGUGAACACAUUUAACAUUUUCGCUAAGGAGAAACUUGUUUCAAAUCACGCCCGAACCACCCUUUCAAGGACCUCCAACAUUUUUGGGACAGAUCGUAUGUAUACAUGAAAAAGUGGAAGACGAAAAUAAGUAAUCACAAAAAAAUUGAAGAUCUCCAUAAAAAACUACAAGAAAGUAGAAAAAGAUGUGAAAUUGAAAUGAGCUGUAGACCAGUACAUAAAGGUGCUUUUCAGCAAAGUGCAAAGGCGACACUGUGUAACACAAUGUAAAAUUCAGAGCUUUCCAACUAUGAGCAGCUAAAAUGCUGUGUUCAACAGUGCUGAUAUUCAGACUCUAAUGAAAUCUUAUGUAAAAUGACUGCUCCACACUUUGGGUGGUGAAAGGAGGGCUAAAUACCGUAUCAGCCACGAACUGAGACUGUUUAGAAAUUUCCCUAGAUGUCCAUGGUCUAGAAGUCAAACACUUGGCAUGGCAAGCCAAGGUUGAGGUAUCACUGAAUAAGAAUUAUUUUAAAACGCAAUGUAAUGAAAAUGUACUCAUAUUGUCAAAGUUUUAAAUUGACAAAUUAUGAGAAAGUAUGCGAGAGAGAAAGUAUGUGUACCGAUGACCUGAGAAUGCUUUGCCUGCCCACGCCAAGCAUUUGACUUCCAAGCCACGGACAUUUAGGCAAAUGUCUAAACAGUCUCAGUUUGUGGUUGAUACACUAUUUAGCUUUUUCAUUUCACCGCCAAAGUGCGGAGCAGUCAGUUUACAUGAGUUGUCAUUAGGGUCUGAACGUCUGCACUGUUGAACACAGCAUUUUAGCUGCGCAUAGUUGGAAAGCACCGAAUUUGAUAUUAUGUUACACAGUGUCACCUUGCACUUUACUGGAAAGGACCUUCAUGUACUGGCAGCUCAUUUUGAUUUCAUAUCUUUUUCCAUUUUCUUGUAGUUUUUUAUGGGGAUCUUCUAUUUUUCAAUGAUAACUCCUUGAGUCCUCCACUUUUUCAUGUACUUAGCAUAAUUUUUUUACUUUUUUGAAGUUUUUUUAUCGGUUCUCACUUCUUUCCACAAAUAAUUUAUUAUAUAGAAUCUAUUUUAAAUUUAUAAAAAUAAAAUUGAUAUUUCUGUAAACUCUACAUAAGAAGUCUAAAUUAUUAUUUGUUUCUUUAAUUGAAUAGAGUAAAAUAAAGGGAGAGGGGAUAACAAAAGCGAAUAUAUAUACAUAUAUUUCAUAUAAUUUAUUAAUUAUAAACACUUAUUCGUUCAAUUUAUAAAUAAUUAUAUAUACCUGCAAUUUUUUGUCUUGCUGCAAAAAAUUUUAAUGUUGAUGAUGAAAUGAGAAAAUGACUCCAUUUCUAUAAGCUCUACAUAAAAAGUCUAAAUUAAAAACACUAGUGGUAUGGAUCUAUUCUGUAAGGUACCUGACAAUUCAGAUUUUGACAACUUACCUUGUAAUGAAAAUUGAUCUACAUUUUACUUUACUAGCAGCAAUUUGUUAAUCUCCAAUCCUGUGGGCCCCCUUCAUUUCCACAAGCUCUACAUAAAAAGCUUAAAUUCAAAAUACUUUGGUGGUAUGGAUCUAUAUUAAAAACAGUUUUCUGUAUGAAUAAAGGUGUCUCGCAAUUCAGACUUUUGACAAUUUACCUUGUAAUUAAGAUCGAUCAACACUUUACAACACUGGCUGUAAUUUGUUAUUAAACCCUACAUAAAAAGUCUAAAUUGAAAACAUUUUGUUGAUAUAAAUAUAAUUAAUAAUGCAAUAGUGUAAAAACUUUUGACACUUGACAGGUUAUGAGUGAUGACAUCUGUUUCGACUCUCGACGCUCGAUGGCCGACGAGCCAUGCCGAACCGGAUGAUUUCGAGAGUCGACGAAUGACACUCGGCUUUUGCUUAGCUCCUAUUGGCUAAGGGUUGGCGACAGGAAAAUUAUACGAAAAAUGCCGUUUCUGACAGAUUUAUGACAUGACAUUACGAUAUCUCAGUUGUUCGUGGACCGAUUUUAUUGAUUUUGGUUUUAUUCGAAAGCUUAUAUGCGGUUUACAUGAGAAAAAUGCCUUUAAAUUUAGAAAAUAUUACAGGCGUGUUGAGAUAUUCAUGAAAGAAGUUUCAGGUUAGGUUGGAAUUCCAGUUUUACGAGGAAAGGAUACACGGUAGCGCCACGUUAUAAUAUACGCGGUGGCUUAUAAUUUUUAUUUGGCGUCGUGACGCUACCGCGUCUCUAGAUAUGUACACAAACAUAUCUAAGGAAGUAACAAAAACAAUUGCACGUAUAUAAAAAUGCAUUGUCUAAUCAACAAACACUUUGUUACGCUAUCACGUGAACUUAGCUUCAUGGC